AUGUCUGCCCAAAGGAUUGGUAUCUUUACCAUCGACUUCCCGGACCCUCUUCGCAUCGACUACGACAACAACCAGUUCAUUACACUCAACGAUUCCGUCUCGUUCCAGUACCGCAUCCUCAACAACAUCCAGACCUUGUCCACCAAAGGCGUCGACGGCAACCAAGACCCCUACGGCAUACUCUACGUACCUGAUGUCUACACAUCUGGCUGCAAGCAACAGGAGGCAGACUACGUCCUCGAGAAUGCGACACGGAUAGCCAAUCUCCCGUCCGACAAGGAUUACGCACUCAUCGCCGUCGCACCCUGGUACUCGGCGCAGUGUACCAUCGAAUACUUCACCGCAGCGCGCAACCAUCCCACCAAAGCCUUUCUCACCUACCUUCCCGGAGACAGCAACGCCAAACCACCGGUGCUCAACGAUGCGGCGUGGAACCUUCAAGAUGGCGGUAGUUGGCAGACGGCCAAUGACUUUCCCACCUAUGCGCUGUCUUCAAUGACGGGGAGGAACAUCAUGGAGCAGCUGGACCAGUAUUCUGGAAACUUGAGCCAGGUACCGCAUGCCGAUCAACUCUCGCAGAUAUACGAUUCCACCGACUAUGUGCGCUUGUGGGCAACCGUCAGUACUGAUUCUGGUGGCCAACUCCCAAGCCUAUGGGUUUUCCUCGUCAUCGUCUUAGCAGUCCUACUCGUGGCUGUCAGCAUCACUUCUCUCGUCAUGCAUAUCAUCCAACGAAGACGGCGCAACGACCUGCGCGAGCGCGUUCUCAACGGCCAGGUCGAUCUCGAAGCAUUGGGCGUCAAGCGUCUCACAGUCUCGCAACAAGUUCUCGACAAACUACCCAUACACACACACACUGCUCCCGCCGUUGCUGCUGCUGCUGCUUCGAACGAGCCUGAGAAGACCACCGCUACACAAGCGCCGAACCACGCACACGAUCUCCCACACGCCGCCGUAGAUGCUGAAACUGGCUACAAGGGACCUCAGCUGCUCCGCCACUCGUCUGCACCCACGAUACCUACAGUACCCACGUCUGGUACGUCUGCAUCAUGGUCCCAGCCCACAUGUCCAAUCUGCAUGGAUGACUUUGAAGUCGACGAAACACAAGUGCGCGAGCUUCCGUGCCACCACAUUUUCCAUCCUGAGUGCAUCGAUACCUUCCUCCUCAAUCACUCAUCGUUAUGUCCCAUGUGCAAACAAACUGUAUUGCCUACAGGUGCUUGUCCGGUCAAUAUUACCAACGUCAUGGUACGGCGAGAGCGCCAUAUAAAUCGCAUGCGAGCGCGCAGUGCUCAUACAGCAAACACCCAACCAAGUUCCGUAUCCACACCUCCCUCAACAGUGCCAGUUUCACUAGCGCGCCCAGCGGCCGCUUUUGGGUCGCUUGGCAACAGGAUAGGCGGAGCUAUCUCUGGUCGACGUAUCUUCAGCGCACCUGAGCGGACGCAGUCACGACCACAUGAUAUCGAGAUGGCCACUACGCCGCCACCUGAUGCCCCACCACAACCUCAGCCGGCCAGUGCACCAACUUCACAAAAUCCACAAGACUGUAGUCCUACUCAUAACAGACGAGAAUGGGCACGGCAACGAGCAUUGGCUAUGCUUGGUCCCCGUCAUGCGCCUGCUAGUGACGUGGAAGAAGAAGAAGAAAAUGUGCCAAAGUGGCGGCGUGUGUUCCGCAAGGUCUUUCCCAUUUGA